AUGGGCCUGGUUGAUUAUUCUGACUCCGAGGGCUCAGGCUCCGAAGCCGAGGCCCCCGUCAAGACAGUCCCCAAGACUACAUCGUCCUCAAAGAAGCCCUUUCAGAAAGUAGUUGAUAGAUCCAAUCCUGGCAAAAUCGUCGUCAACCUCCCUCAACUCUCCAACGAUACACCCCAACGAAACGACGAACCUCCCGCGAAGCGCGCGAAAACAAAGGGAUCGGGUCUCUUUUCUGGUUUCAACUCAUUCCUGCCGGCCCCGAAGAAUGCGAACAAGCCAAAGACAACCUCUACGGCAUCAAGCAGCACCACAUCGAGACCAGGCGUCAAUCUCAAGACGAGCGCUGCACCGGGUUUCAGUCGAGGGACAGAAGAUGAUGGCGAGGGGCUGGGUGAUAGCACCACGUCAGGAGGAUUGAGCCUGCCGCCACCGAAGGCUGCUCAACCAUCCAUCCCAGAAGGACAGAAGCCUGCCGACGAGGUCAAGCUUGUGGGCAAGCCGUUGAUGUUCAAGCCUCUCUCAGUCGCAAGGAACCCACAGAAGAAGAAAAAGUUGAAUUCAGGGGCAGCGAAGCCAGUGGCCGCACCAUCUCAACCAAACUCUGCAGAAUCCAAGGAGACAAAACCCGAGCCAGGACCAGAACCCGCUCCAGCGCCUCCCAAGGUCUCUCUAUUUUCGAUGCAUACGGAAGAACCUUCGGAACCUGCAGAUGCUACGGCACGAAGCGCUGUGUAUGAGCCCAUGUUUGCAACCCAGGAAAGCUCAUUGGCCCACGACGAGGGCGCAUACGCCGACUACGCGCAGUAUGCAAGCCAUUCACAAACAGGUCCAUCUGCCACCACAUUGCCAGGCUCUGAGUCGCUGGACACGGUGGCAGACGAUCUCAACCUUUCAGCUGCCCAACGACGUGAGCUCUUUGGCCGUGGAGGCCUGGGCAAGCAAGCGGCCAAGAAGGUUAUCAACUUCAAUAUGGACAAGGAAUACCAGCACAACGAGGAGAUCCGAGCGUCAGGAGAACAGCAGAUACACAACCCCGUACGUGCUCUCCAGGGCGGCAAGCACAGCCUUCGCCAGCUGGUGCAGAAUGUGCAGAACCAGCGCGAGGCCCUCGAGGACAGCUUCGCCAAGGGGAGAAGCAAUCGCAAGGAGGCGUCGAGCAAGUACGGAUGGUGA